AUGUAUGUGGUUACACUUGUCUCAAGAAAAGGUCUGAGCCGAUCUCUUUUCUCUGCCACUAAGAAGUUGUUUGGUGGAGGGAAGGUCCCAGAGAAGAGUAUUGCUGAACUAAAGAACACUGCAGGGCUGCUCUAUCCCUCAGAGGCCCCAGAGCUUCAGAUCAGGAAGAUGGCCGACCUCUGCUUCCUCGUUCAGCACUAUGAGCUGGCCUACAACUGCUACCACACUGCCAAGAAGGACUUCCUCUCUGACCAGGCCAUGCUGUAUGCCGCUGGAGCACUGGAGAUGGCUGCUGUCGCUGCCUUUCUGCAGAGUGGGGCACCCAGGCCGUACCCAGCACACUACAUGGACACGGCCAUUCAGACCUACAGAGACGUGUGCAAAAACAUGUUAUUGGCUGAGCGGUGUUGUCUUUUAAGUGCUGAGAUUUUGAAGAGUCAGACCAAAUACUCAGAUGCUGCCACACUUCUGAUCAAGAUGACCAGUGAGGACUCUGACCUGCGGAGCGCACUCCUGUUGGAGCAGGCGGCUCACUGCUUCAUUAAUAUGCGGGGCCCCAUGGUGAGGAAGUUUGCCUUCCACAUGAUACUUGCUGGUCAUCGUUUCAGCAAAGCUGGACAGAAGAGACAUGCAUUGAGGUGCUACUGCCAGGCUUUGCAGGUGUAUAAAGGUAAAGGUUGGGCACUGGCUGAAGAUCACAUCAACUUCACCAUCGGUCGGCAGUCCUUCACUCUGCGGCAGCCAGACAACGCAGUGGCCGCCUUCCGGCACAUUCUCAUCAACGACAGCAAACAGUCAGCUGUACAGCAGACUGCUUUCCUCAGGGAAUACCUCUAUGUGUACAAGAGCAUGAGUCAGGUGACUGGUGACGGCUCCCUCCCGCAGCUGCCUCUGCCCUGCCUGCACAGCUCACAAACACGCGUGUUCUGCGGCCAUGAGCGCAGACUCGCUGAAGGCGAGAAACAAGCCGCAACGCAUGUCUCUUUGGAUCAGGAGUUUGACCGGGAUCUUUCCCAGCUGUGGAGGGAGUUGGAGGAGCGGGUCGUCGCCGUGGUGAAUAGAGGGGCGGUUCCCAUCACCUUCUUGUAUAAUUAUGCAUGCGAGAAACAAGCCGCAACGCAUGUCUCUUUGGAUCAGGAGUUUGACCGGGAUCUUUCCCAGCUGUGGAGGGAGUUGGAGGAGCGGGUCGUCGCCGUGGUGAAUAGAGGGGCGGUUCCCAUCACCUUCCAGCCCUCCCAAUGCUGUCUGAACAGUCAGACAGACAACCUCAGAUACCCCCUUGCUGUAGUGGAGGAGCCCAUCAUUGUGGAGGUGGUUUUCCGGAACCCCCUGAAGGUUCCCUUGGCUCUGUCGGCUCUGUGUCUGCUGUGGAAGUUUACUCCGAAAGACUUCUCAGACCCCCAGGGCAGCACAGCCGGAGAGACCAUCACCAAUGAGAAAGAGGCAGCAUCUUUGAAAGAAACCAUGGCCCUCAAUGGCAUCAUUGAUACGCAAGUCAUUCCAGAGUUCACCAUAACUCCAGAGGAGACCAAAGUGGCCCGUUUGAAGUUGCUUCCUCAUAAGACCGGAGAGUUGCAUGUUCUUGGUGUGGUGUACAAUCUGGACACUGGAGAAGUGGACAACAGUGAAGGCUCGCUGGCCGAGGAUCUGAUGUGUGUUCGUGGACAGCAGAAUCUGGAGAUCCAGGGAUCCAGACUCAAUAUGACCAAAGAAGAAAAGACUUCCGUCACAUAUGGACCAGAUCACCGUCUGGACCCCAUUAUCACUCCUCCUAUGCCCUUAUUGGAGGUGUUUUUCAUUAACUUCCCCACUGGUUUAUUGUGUGGUGAGAUCCGAAAAGCGUGGGUGGAGUUUGUGAAUAUGAGUGCAGUCCCUCUCACUGGUCUUCGGGUGGCGUCCACACACCCAGAGUUCUUCACGUUCGGGAGUGCCGCCUCUGACCUCACCCCAGUGACCCCCACAGCAGCAGAGCACUGUUCUGCAUACAAGACUGUGGCCAUGCCCCCAUCAGUGGAGACCGUGUCGCUCGUGUCUCCAGCAGCGUUCGGGGUCACCAGCGGUGACCGGCCAGUAGUGGCAGAGAUUCCUUUAUCACAAGGUGUGUUGGGACCUGGGGAGGCGUUGCAGAUCCCGUUAUGGCUCAGGGGGCCCGACCGAGAGGGUGUCCAUGAAAUCAACUUCCUCUUUUACUAUGAGAGCACAGAGAAGACCGCCAAACUAAGUCACAGGGUCCUUCGACACACGGCUUUCAUCUGCGCAAGCCGAUCUCUCAGCAUCAGAGCCACGGCCAGCCGCAGCAACACACUGCACAGCAGAGAGAGAGAGACCGAAGAACGGCAGGAGGAAGAGGAGAAGAACGGCAGCAUGUUGGUCUUUGUGGACGUGGAGAACAUUAACACAAGCGAAGCAGGUGUUCGUGAGUUUCACAUAGUUCAGGUGUCCAGCAGCAGUCGACAGUGGAGGCUGCACAAGUGCAUCAACCCUGUGGGAGAUAAAGACUCUAAGCUGGCCAGCAGGGAGAGGGGGAAGCUGUGCUUCAAAGCCACCAGAUGCAGAACAGAGGAAGCUACCUCAGAAAAAUACACCUUUGCCGACCUCAACCUUGGCAACGAACAAAUUGUCAGCUCUACCACUCCAUGUGCUGAUUUUUUCUUCCGGAGAGGUCUGCCCUCUGAACCCAGGAGAGGGGGCGUUUCCACAGGCGGUGCUAGUCAAAUGUGGAGACAGAGCGGGACUGAUGACGGUGUGACAAAUAUUGUCAAAAAAUGCAGUGAAGUAGAGCUUGACAUCAUCGUCCUCUGGAAGGCAUAUGUUGUGGAGGAUAACAAACAGCUGAUUUUAGAGGGGCAGCUUCACGUUGCACUGCAAACCAUUGGCAAAGAGGCCUGCUCGCUCUCGCAGAAAGAGGAAACUCAGGAAAUGGUGCUUCUGAAGUUCAAGCCUGACAUUCCUCCCCCUGUAAGCAAGCCCUCGCUGGAACAGCUUUCCCACCUCAUAAAGACCUGUCUCCACUACCCAGAGUCUUAUGAUCAUCCCUUCCCACAAAAGAGUUUAUGUAUGGUUCCAGUCACCCUGACGUUGUCCAACUGUUCCUUGGCUCAGGUAGACGUCAUUGUUGAUCUGCGGCAUAAAACGACCAGCCCAGAGUCACUGGAAGUGCAUGGUUCUUUUAGCUGGCUGGGCCAGACCCAAUAUAAGUUGCAGCUCCAGGCUCAAGAGGUAUACAGGCUUUCCUUGAAAGCUUGUUUCUUCCAGGCUGGAGUUUAUAAUUUGGGCACACCCCGUGUCUUCGCCAAGUUGGCACAGACCAGUGCUAUGUGUGAGACCAGCCAGCAGAGCGCCAUGCCUGCCCUCAUUAUCAUCAACAGCGUUUGAGGAACUCCGCAACAUCGAUCCAACCUUUCUUCAAAGUUCUUGGCCCACCUAAAUAAAUGAAAUGGACUGGACUCCAAGAUUUUUCUACUUGUUGCUAAAACAAAAUCUAAUUGAGAGAGAUAAGUAAUUAAAAAGACUUGAACACACGUUUCAACUUAACACUGCAUCUGAUGUGCUUGUACGGUCUAUAAUGGUGAGCUAAACACAAACAGACUUUAGAUGUUUUGUCUUAAAUGCACCUGAAGCGUGACUGGAUCGGUUUUUUUUCCCAUGUAAAUUUAUCUCUCAUGUCAACCAUGUAUCUAUUGAAGAAUUUUGCUUUUGUUUUAUGAAAUCUUUUUGCUUUUAGAACUAAUUUUGUCAAGAUCCCAAAAAUGUGGUAAUGUAAAUGGCUAUGCAUCUCUGCCUCAUACUGCCCUGCCGGCUAUCUCACGGUUGUCCACUGUGCUCUGUUGCCACAGUAACAAAAAA